AUAAAAAUAAAAAACUCACUGUCAACAACCAAAGUAUUUUUAUUUUGAUAAAUUUAUAAAUUUGUUAAUAAAUUUAAUAUAAUUUGUACUUAAAUGUAAUCUCAAGAAUGUUAGAAAAUAUUAAGAAAAAAAUCAACAAUGCACUUAAAGAAAGUAUUCACAUAACCGAAAAUAUUUCCACACAAUUUUCUCGUGUAAAUUCGCCAACACUAGACACAAGCAGCGACCAUGAACUGGGGAUUCCUCCAGAAAUCAAUAUUGCUGCUGGUUCAGAACUAUUGCAAAAAUACGAAGAUGCUUGGAGAAAUACAUACGAGGCAAAUAAGGCAAAUGUUGAGGUAGCAAAAAAUAUAACCGAAACAAUUGACAGACUUCAACAAAGAAUGCAAGCACGUCAGGUAAAUAUGAAUGAUCUAAUGACUUGUUUAGCUGGACUACCUGCAAUAGAGGAAAAUCUUAAAGCUAGCCUUGACAAAUUCAAUGAAAUUGAAUCUUUGGGCAUUGAAUUAGAAGAGAAAAUUGCUGAUCUAUCGGAUGUCACUAAAAUGCUGGACGAACAAGAACAAAUCAUGAAAAAUAAUUUGGAGGCCAAACGAAUGGAAAUGGUGGAACUAGAAGCUGAACAACUUAAGAAAGCGGAAGAACAGAAACUAAAGAUCCAACAUGAAGAGGAUAAACUAAAGCGACUGCAACAAGAACGACAAGCUGCUUUCGAUGAUGCUUUUCAAAGUGACAUGCAAGUGUAUAAGCAAACUGGUGCAGUAACAAAAAUCGAGCUUAAGGGCGCCAGAGUCAUGACAUUGGAGGAAAUCGAUUUAGAUAACGAUGGAACAAUGAAUGACUUGGAAGAUUUUUUGAAUGACUGAUGAAUUAUUUACGUAUUUUUUUUUUAUGAUAUUUAU